AACGACCAUGUUCGGGUAGGGGUCGACAUGGCGGAGCCAGACCAUACUUCUAUGCACAACUUUGCAUACCACCCCAGUGUUGCCAGUUGGGUACAGUCCACCGCGUUGGCACAGCUCGACAGCGCCUCUGAUGAAGCCGCUGGACAGCCUGCUGCCGCUGCUCCUGAUGACUUUUACAAACCAGUACCCGUAUCCACGCCCUCUGCUGCCGCCUCGACCGAUUUCGAACCGCUGCCAUCUUCUUCCUCUCCCGCCGAUAUGACGACUGUACGCCCACGCCAGCAGACGCCCAACGGGGCUACGCGCACCACUCCAAGACUCUCAGUGCGAUCCGUCUCCGGCUCUGUGACCUCGACGACCUCUACACCUCGAUCAGCUCCUCAGAUACCGGCCAACCGACCGACGGUGAGAAGUCUCGCCCAAAAAUUCAACCAGCCCACCUCGGCCGAUUCGUCUCCGUCGAGCUCGCGUGCUCAUCCCGUUCGACAACCGGCCGCGGCAGCGGCGAAAGAUGCUCCUUCAUAUGGGGGGUACAAAUUCAAUAAUCUGAAGGCGAGGGAAUCGACGUCGACGUCGGCAUCAAACGGUCGGCGUACAGCAAACGGAGCGAGAUCUAGCUUGGGUCAGCAGCAGCAGCCCGCCCCUUCACCUUCGCCAGCGCGAAAGCCAGUCACCUCACCAACGCGGGGCCCCGGGAAAAAACCGUUUUUCGGUGAAGUCGUGGGCAACCACGAUUCCACAACGCCAGGGUUCGGGAUAUCAGAGAAUAUGGAAGAGGCGCGGCGUGAGAGCAACUCAUAUUUCCCCGCGCCCACUGAAUCGUCUUCGACAAUUAAGCUUGUAACAGAGGACGUGCACCCACCCCCAGAAGCUUCUCAGGCAGAAACUUUGUCGCCUCGUCGCCGGCGACCUACCAACGAAUUACACUCCCAAACACCACAAGCGGAACCAAUGACGCCGCAACCAACGCCGCCAGAUGGUGGUACGCCACGCAAGAACGCUCCACCCUCACGGAUCCCCGUGGCAUCAAGACGCAUGAGCGCAUCCUCCAACUCCAGCUCCUCGACGAGAUCUUCCAAGUUCGCCGGCGUGCGCCCUGCCGGCCACAACAUGAAAUCCCCCUCCAAAAUGACAAGAGUCCCCGUCGGUAGAACAGCUAUUGCGUCUCGAUCCACCUCCAAACCCACCGCCGCCGACACCCAGCAAAUGCUGCCAGCGAUAUCAUACCGCGGCUACCGUGAACGCGGCAAGUCUCCCCAGGCUGCAAACACCGGUCCCAGCGUCUCCGCCGUCAUUACUGCCCCACCACCACCCACGUCGCCGCGUCUGCGCAAUUCACGAGAACGCCAGCUUCUUCAAGAAUCCCCAGGACCUGGAGGCUCAUCCGCCAAAACCACCGACCCUUACGCUACUCAGGACUACUUCACCAACGGCGACACCCCGAUCACGCAAACAUUGCAAAUGAUCAAUACAGAGCCUGUGGUGAGCAAGCCAUCUGUGAAGCUUGUUUACUCAGAUCCAGAAAGCCAAAAUGUGACAAAUAAUAUGCCUUCCCAGCAGGAUGUGCCAGUGAUUGAUUCGGGUCAAGAUGCCGUCCCGCAGGGAUCGCUCAGUCUUUCCACAGCUGGGUUGCCACUGCCUCCUGCUGGGCAGUCAUUGUCCACUGCAACGAGCUUUGAAUACGACGACUCUCCUAUCCUUGGAAUGCCAGGAAGCUUUUUGACUACACCUCCCUUGGCUCAGCAUACCCCGCCGACGAACUCGAAUCAAUCCAACGUACAGAAAGAGCAGGUUACAGUUGUGCCCCCGCAAGGCCAUGAACUAUUACAGGCACGAGCCUUCCAGCCGCCUUCCGCUCAAAAUGAGCAGACCCAGAAGAUACGUGAGGCGCAAACACACACACCAGAACCGCCUUCAGAGAUUGGAUUCAGGGAAUCGAUACCGAUCAUGCUUGGAGUUGAUGGAGCGAACGAUGCCUGGGAUCCACUGCCGAGCCCCCCAAAGAUUUCGCCGCGAAUAGAUACGGCCAAGUACAAUCGGUCGUCGGAUUCAACACCACAUGCAGAAGAGGAGUCCCCAAUAGACCCAUUCAGGAACCGUGAUUCAAUCAGACCUGAAGAUUCUGCAAGCAUGGUUGCGUACCCAUGGCAAAGUGGUCCGCCGCGGCAAUGGGACCACCCCAAUGUGGCCGACCCUCUAGCAGUACCUUUGGGCAGUGAAGCCCAUAAUGCCAUCAAAAACGUGCUCAAUACAUACCAUUCGUCAGAGGCCAUUACCCCAGAGGUAGCGCAGGAUGCAAAAAUGCAGAUAAAUAAAGUAUCGCCCUUGCUCGCACAGCAUCAAAGCUGGGAUACCAAAGAAGCUACUGAAACAUACCUCGCAAGACUGCUCAGCGAUGUUGAGGCUAACGCCCAGAGGAAACCCGUCGAGAGGCCUCGCCGGCAAUACGACCGUGCGAUUUCAAGGCCGGCGUCAAGAACUUCCCCUUUUAUGAGCCCCUUCAUGAAUUCCAGCAUUCGGGCCUUGACGGCCGAGCCAGAAGAGCCGUCCACUGGUGGUACGGCUAUUAUUUUCCCCACUGAAUCCAAACGAUACUCGCGCGGCUCACGCACCUCCAACGCUUCAACAACAACCACAAUCUGGGAAGGGACAAGCCGACCUGACAGCUCUUCGGGUGUCUCCUUACGGGGGCCAUCAGGUACCAGCCCUGGGGUAAUGCCGAGCAAUCUAGGUCACUCGAGAGAGGAUAUCCAUAGCCAUGAAGAACAGAAGCAAAGGGGGAGCAGUGCUCCGCUGACUUCGACGGUUGAAUCCAGUAGCGGAUUAAGUUUGCCGAUGCCCGCAUCCCAGCACCAAUUCCAAUCUCCAGCAGAACCACCGCAGCAUACUCCACCACGGCCACCCUAUUCCCCUCCACCACCUCCCGGCGCGCCAAAAACAGUGGAUCGCCUGCUUGGAGAGACUUUGCAGGAAUUUGCACAGCAAGGACCACGAAUUAGACCCCCGAUCCCCGUCACUCAACUCUCUUCGCAGUUUCAGAGUGGUGCAGAAGUGCUUCCAUCAGAGACUGUACCCUCUCCUGCUUCCUUCGACCCUACUCAGUCUGAAGAGCGUGCCAGCUUGGCUGAAGAACCGCAAUUCGAUAAAGCCACCUUAUUGGUUAGGAAGCGUUAUCGUGUCAUCGAAGAAUUGACAAAAACCGAGCACAGUUUUUGCGUCGACAUGAUGGUCGCGCACCAGAUUUUCGAGGGCACCUCCAAAGACGUUCUCACUGACGCGGAACGGCGCCUUCUGUUCAGCAACUGCAGAGAUCUUGAAGCAUUCUCUCACGACUUAUGGAAACGGCUGAAAGACGCAAUCAGGCCUGUGGUCAAUCAAACCCCACCUAGCGAGAACUCGAGCGAGCCAUAUGACGAAUUCAUCUGCUGUACCCCUGACAACGACCGACAAGUAAGGAUUGGCGAGAUCAUGCUGCAAGCCACACAGAAGAUGGAGCGGGUGUACACAACCUACUAUCUCAACUACAGCGACGCUUCUGACUUCAUAAAAAAGAAUCAGGACAACCCGGAGCUUCUUGGAUGGGUCAUGGCCUGCUUUCAACAUUGUCCAAAUCUUACCACCGCGUGGGAUCUGGAUUCUCUCCUUGUCAAACCGUGUCAACGCAUGUUGAAGUAUCCGAUCCUCCUUGACGAUCUGAUUGCGAAGACUGACCCCGAUCAUCCUGAUCUUUCAAAUCUCAAAAAGGCAAACGAGAACAUCAAGGCCAUUGCAUUACGCAUAGAAGACGCCAAAUCACGCCAACAAACGUUACGUGCUGCCACGUCUGAGGGCAAAAAGGCAAAGAAGAAGGGCCGGUUCAGCAACAACAUUGUCAAGUCACUCAUAUCUAACAAAGACCGAGCAAAGAACUUGCAAGAAGCUGCACUCGUUUUUGAGGACCAGGAAUACAACCAGAUCACACAGAAAUUUGGUGGGCAUUUCUUUCAGAUACAGAUUGUCAUUCGUGACUUUGAUCAGUAUCUUGAUGCUAUCAGUGAGCAGAUGCUGCAUCUCAACAGAAUGAUGCAUGACUUCAUUGACGUGGCUGAAGUUGGCCCUUCCGCUAGUCCCGAACAGGAGAGUACGUGGCGUGUCUGGACUAUGGCACAUCUGGAGCUUCAGAACAAAGCUCUUGCUGCUCAUAAAGUCAAUAUUCGCGAACGUGCAAUGAAGCCUAUCAGCGAGGUCUGGGAUCAAUGGGUGCAACCCCAGAAGCUCAUGGAGCAACGCAAGAAACUGUUGCUCAGCUAUGCCAAAUACAAACAGAUGGUAGAACGCAAGGAAAAGAUAGAUCCCAAACUCGAAGAAGCUGCCAAGGACUUCUUGACCAUCAACGACUCCUUGAAGCUGGAAUUACCAAGGCUUUACGAACUCACCAAGAAAGUCAUCCGAGUGACAGAGAUAAUCUUCCUGGGUAUCCAGAAAGAUUGGUACAAGAUAUGCUCGAAGAAGAUUCUCCCACUCUUGGAAAAAGAGCCGCAACACACGACAUCAAUCACUUUUGACUUGAAAACAUACACCGAGCAGUUCAAUUCCGACUAUCGCCAAGUAGAAACCAAGGCUCAGAACAUGCAUAUCAUCAACCACGAAUUACUCCCAAACCAUGCCUCUCCAGCUCAUACCUUCUACUCUGAUGAUGGGUCAUCUCGCAAGUCUUCGUCUCGACGCACAGAAUCUAUCGGAAGCGAAUACUCGUCGUUGGAAAAGCAACGGAAUCGCAGCAGCGGAGGUUACGCCAGUAUGCGAUCCAACGUCCGAUCCUAUGAUGGUCACCCGCCACGUUCAUCCCCUGCAGCACCUUACACCGGUGGCUCCGCCUUACCCAGCCCAACCACACCUGGCCCUGCCAAUCCAUAUAGCCGUGCCGCCGAGCGAGCCAUCAGCCCAUCGUACUCGCAGGCCAGCGAGAGCACCGUCACUUCCCGAGGUCGUUCCUCCAGCGGCCGGCAACCCCCCGCCUGGGGUCUGGACGGCGCAUUGGAUAAUAUGCAAUUCGCCCAACCUCCCUCAGCCGGGCCCUCUUUCCUCAACACCGCCGGCUUUCCAACCAGCAACUCCAACACCCUCGUCUCCUCCACACCGGGCUCAACACGCACUUCAGGUGUGUUUAAUUCUGCGCUUCCCAUGUCCGAUGCCCCUGCCGAGCUUUCAGCCACAUCGACCAACGACCCAGAUGCUGAGGUCGAGGUGCUCUUCUUGGCUGCUAGUCUAUUUGAGUUCAACAUUGCGCACGAUCGCCGCGAGGGCGGCAUCCCAUAUUUGGUCUAUGUACCUGGCGAGAUCUUUGACGUCAUUGGUAUGAAGGGCGAGUUGUGGUUGGCGAGAAACCAGGACGAUCCUACCAAGACGGUGGGUUGGAUUUGGGAGAAGCACUUUGCGAGGAUCUUGCCGGAUGAAGCUUGA